UUCAUGUAUAUCGGCUAUUACAUAAUCGUCUAUAAUUAGUUGCAAUUGUUUCCCUUACUUCUUUUUUCUUUUUACGUAAGAGGGCGCUGGCCUAACACCCCGGGAAAACUUUCAAGGCCAUUUGAGCUCCAAAAAGCAGGAUAAAUUCAUGACAACCUGCAGCAUUUCACAAAUGGCCUUGGGGUUCACAUCACUGUGUGACAGCAAAACAAUGAGUUUGGAUCAUACUGCAGAACAUGAUAUGCCAUCCCACUACAUCAAAACAGAGCCAUGUGAAGAUAGCUGCUCUGACAUUCAGGUGGAUGGCUAUAUAUAUGGGCAGGCUGAAGACACCUUUGAUACUGCUGAUCACCCAGAUAAUCUUUGUGAUACAUUUGCAGUUAGUGAAUUUAUCAAUGAACAGUAUCAACUGAGUCCACAAUCAUUGUUAGAAAGGAGUUUGAAGUCACCAGAGCAGCAGCAAAAGACUUUAAGCUCUAGAAGGGAAAGGACACCAAAUACAUUGCGGGUAAUGAUGGAGAAACACAGACACAGUGAGAGAUUACGGCACCAUACGCUAAAUGAAAGAUUAAAAGUGAUUUGCCAGAAAGUACCAGGUUCUGCAGAAGAUGGGAAAGAAACAAAGGUGGUAAUGAUGCAGCGCAUCAUUUCUUACAUAGCUUACCUGGAGAAUACCAUUAAUCUACUGUGCACACAUCUGGGUAUUGAACCAUGUCUUCACUGGCUUCUGCUAACCACCAAUACACAGGACUACCUCACCAACUUUGAAGUCAACAGCAGUGAUAGUGAUUCAUGGGUGUCUACACAGACUUCUUGCUCUCGGGUUCUGAAAAAACUUGCACUCAGAGAUAGACAUGUCAAAUCUACAACAUCUGAGGUGGAUGUGAUGACAGACAGCAUGGUGUCUGUGGCAGCUGAUGUGGAAGUAGGGGAGGAAGGGCCAUCAUUGUCACAGGAUUCUGGUGUGGUGGCCUCUAGCACGACUGGGGAUGAUGAACAGCCUGUACAAGCAUGGACCAUAGUCACUGAUGCCUCUGCUGAUACUGGGGACUUGGAGACUUUAUUUGGCUCCUCCACAGAUGAUGGGAUAUCAGCUAUGUUUGAAGUAUCUUCAAGCACAGAUGAGGUUGAAUCAAGAGCACAAGGUGGUUAUAAUUGUGUGAUCAAAGCAGGGAAUAAAGAAAACAGUCAGACAUCCAGUUUUACUGCAGGAAGUGAGCAGGACAGUCAGGUGGUUCCCAAACUUGAAACAGCUUCAGUUUCCUACAAUUCUGCUAAUAUGAAUGGAAUAGAACAUACGAGUUUCAAUGAUGCAAAAAUGUCUCCUGAGCAAAUUCUCCUGAAAAGAGAGAUGGAUAUGGGUCUUUCUCAGCAAGAAGUUUUCUUGAGUGGCAAGUGGUUACGACAUCAUCACCCUUCACUUUAUGCUCAUAAGAACAAACGCAAGCAGUAUAGUCCUAAGCGAUCCCCCUUCAGUAACCUCACCAACUGGAAGUCAGAGAUAAAGGCAACUCAAGCCAGCGAAGAUGGCAAAUCCAAGAUUGUACAAGUCCUACCUUAUAAUAUUCAUUAUAAGCAAGCCCUCACAGAAACGCAGCAUGUGCAUUUUACUCGCAACUCUGUCAUGCAGAGGCCCAUAGUGCCGAUCACUUAUGAAGCAGUGGAUUUUAGCAGCUCCGCUGCAACCACAGAAGAAAGGCCUCGGACGAAAGUGGAUUUACGCAAGACAUCAUGGAUGAACGGUUUCAUGAUGUUCAGUCGCCUAAACCGCAGAAAAUUUAUUGAAGCUCAUCCUGGUGUGCACACUUCCAACAUAAGUAAGAUCAUGGGCCAUGCCUGGCGCUCAAUGUCACCAGAAGAACAGGCACCAUUUAAGGAGAAGGCCAAACUAUGUGCUCAGGAACUUUAUCGCACCUACACAAGCACAGCUCAUGAUUUAUCUACCCAGAUAUCUGCUGCCGAGACUUGUUCCAGUGCUACAGCUGACUCAAAUACCAGUGUAGUUACUGUCAUGAACCAUGGAAAUGAGACUUGUAUAUAAUGGACAACACAUUUAAUUAUGUGUGAAUUAAGUUUGGUUGUGAAAUUCAUUUAGCUUGCAACUCUUAAAAUCCAGUGAUAACAGGAAAUGAUUUUGACAUAAUAGGUAAACUCUGUGUGUGUGUGUGAAUGAGUAAGGGUGUGCAAAACUUGAUGCCAUGAAAGGUGCAGAAAUGCAAAUAGCAAAUAAGGUCUUAUCAAAAACUGUACCUCAGAGAGCAAUACAGAUGAGCAUGGGAUACCUACUUAAAAGGAUCUCCAGCUAUUACAUGACUGGUGGUCUUACUCAGGCAAAGUGAUUUAUUUAGGUGUCCCUGUACAUGUUUAGAAAGCUUAACACUCCUCAUCCUCCAUGUACUUUUCUACAUUGACACACAGAAAUAUGGCUUGUGUGCUCAGUAUAACAAAAGAUCUAACUGCAUCAGCUUUUUAUAUUGAAGUUCCAUUCAAAAAUUAUAUGUCUGAUAUACAAUGAAUUUAUUAAGCUUAAAUAUUGUCUGGCAACAGCUCAUAUUUAGUUGUAAAAUAAAUUUCCAGACAAUGACUAUUAUUGCAUUUAUGUAAUUAUGCUGAAAGCACAAUGCUAAUGGCUUUGUUAUUGCAUAUAAUUUUACUAUCAUGAACUGGUUAGUCAAUGAAAUUUUAUUUCAGUUAACAAAUAUGAAAAUGAUGUCAAAGAAUACUUUAAUAUUGUACAAUAUAUUGUCCAAUUUUGUAAGUGGGAAAAGUGAUGAGAUAAAGCUGAUAAAUAUGAAAGCAUUUCUUUAAGCCCAAGUUGAAAUAAAAUAUGCU